CGUCACCACCAGGCCAUUCACUCCCCCUCCUUCACCCUUUUCCCUGCCGUCUCUCCUCCUCCCUGCUGCCGCUCCAUCUGCCUCCAUUUUUUGCCCAUCACCCGCCCACUCGCCGCCCGUUUGUGGUGGCUUUCGAGCAUCGUCACCAGCGCCGCCGGGUCCAUCGCCCUUUUCCCUCCUCCCCGCUCGCUCGCUCUCCCGCACUCGCCCGUUCACUCCCUCUCCCUCUCCCUCUCCCUCGCCAGCGACCGAACUCCCCUUCCGACCACCGACAGAGACAAGACGAGUCCAGGCCCUCGACGACCGACUGGCAACCGGCAAAUCGAUCGAGCACCCCCUCCCUGCGAUUGCCCCGCCCCAGGGCUGACGGCACCGCCCCGAGGCAUUUGUCGCAGGACAGGCAGGACGCUUGGUAUUCAGUCAGCUUUGUGUGUUUGUGGCGUAGCCAGGCUCUCUCCCGCCUACAGCUACGGUACAGCUGCACCGCGAAGAUCAAAGGCGGAUUUGCGAGUGUUGCGCGUCGACGCUCUUCUCAUCGCCUGCGACCGAGACGCCGACAAACGACGCACACACAAGGCCUGCGUCGUCCGCCGCCCACAACGUUUCUUUGACGACGCCUCCGUGUCGACACUGCCGCCACCCGCUCCUCUGCAACUGCACUACGCUGGAGGCUGUCGCACAAGAUGAAGGCACUACGUCGUUCUAUGAAGAGCGAGAAACACAAGCCCAACAGCGCCUCCAUUGGCUCCAAGUCAGCGCUCGCCAUCGUCCCGCCCAAAAAGGUUAUCCGGGCCAACGAUGAUUACCAACCCGAUGAAGCCCUCGCUCAAAGCUUUGCCAAGGCUGGCGUUCAAAUCCUCAGCUUCUCCAAAGGAGACUUCUUCCACGUCAUCGGACGCGAGGACGACGCCAACUGGUAUGAGGCCUGUAACCCGGCGCUGCCCGAUGCCCGUGGCCUCGUCCCGGUAGGCUAUUUCCAGGUGCUCGGCCGCACCGAGCGCGACAGCGCGCAGUCCGACAGCAAGAGCCAGGACCACGACUCGGGCUAUGGCGAGGCUGCUGUCCACUCCACCGGCGUUAACCGAGCCUCCAAACCUACCAAAUCAGGUGGCAUCGUCAGCGCCAAGGUCAAAUACUACUUUGAAGCCGCCAAAGGACGCCCCGAUGAGUUGACAGCCAACGAAGACGAGGACCUCAUCAUCAUUGCCCAAUCAAACAAGGAAUGGGUUGUCGCCAAGCCCAUCCGCAGGCUGGGCGGACCAGGCUUGAUCCCCAUCGGCUUCAUCGAUAUUUUUGAUGACGACUCGUAUCGCACGAACCCGCCGACCCCGGUGGCGGAUCCCCUCGAAGCCCUCAGAAAGGCCAACGUCCCGACAGUCGAGGAGUGGAAGAGGAUGGCAGCACAGUACAAGAACAGCAGCAUCACCCUCGGAAAGUUUGAUGGAUCUAGAGGUCCGCAAAAUCAGCCGCAGCCGCAGCAGCCACAGCACCAGCAACAGGCGGGGCUUGAACAGAACAUGACGCGCAUGAGCUUGCAGCAGCAACAACAACAGGUUAACCACAACGGGUCUCAGGCCAUGUACGCCAACGCCGGCGGGCAACAGCCGGUACAAGACAACUCGGAAGAAUCCGCUGCCCACCUCUACGCCCCGGUGUGGGCUCGAAUACCCCGAUACUGCUAUGCCGAGGAGAAGUACUGGUUCGUCAUCGAGGCGGAACUGGAGGAUGGACGCUCCUGGGAGCUGUCGCGCUACUAUCAGGACUUUUAUGAUUUCCAAAUCGCCCUGCUCGCCGAGUUCCCCGCCGAGGCUGGCAAUACGGGCACGCAGAAGCGGUCUCUCCCGUACAUGCCCGGCCCCGUCAGCUACGUUACCGAUGCCAUUACCGAAGGCCGCCUUUACAACCUCGAUGCGUACGUCAAGAAUUUGCUGAACCAACCUCCGCACAUAUCGCGCUGCAAGUUGGUCAAGUUCUUCUUCGCCCCCCGCGAAGGCGACUACGAGAUCGACAACAACGCGAAUGGCGAGGAGGAAUACCGCCUGUCACAAGGCUCGCAUCAGUCCUCCGACUCGCCGGCGAACGAUGCCUCUAGACAAGGGUCACGCAAUAACCUGAAUGGCUACAAUUACGGAGGUCUGUCUGCGACACCGCGGCAGGGCACCUCGCAGCAAGCCGAUGGCACGCAGAAGCAAGCCGCACCGAUGAAGAUCAAAGUACGGUUCAAGGACGACGUGUUCGCAAUGAGGGUGUCGACAGACAUCCAGUUUCAGGAGCUGGCCGAAAGGAUCCGAGACCGCGUCAAGGCCACUGCGGGUGAGCAGGUCCAGCUCUCUUUCCAAGACGAACCCUCGGGCAGGCGACAAAACCUGGCGAACAACGGCGACCUCGACUACGCGCUGCAGCGCAACGAGAAGCUGACGCUUUUUGUCGAGGUUUCCUGAAGAGGGAAACCACGGCUCGAGCGACCUCGCAUACCCCCAAGGCGUCGGUGACAGGCUGCCACCGACCCUUCUUAUCUUCAUACCUCGCAGGUCUGGCGGUCGACCUUCGACCGCCAAAGCCAUUUACUUUUUUUUUUUUUGCCCCCUUGUACAUGUUUGAUUUGGCGGGAACCUUACGGCCCCCCCUUCACCUAACUUACAGAGGAUGGCCCGGGCCGAGGAAUGGCGUUAUGGAAGCUGGGUCACGUAUGGAUUUUCGCCCCGCAGUCACGAGGCAUGUUGAGGCUUGAUACCUUGUUACGAAGACGCGUGUGAAGUGGAGAGGGAUUGGGCGGCGGCAGCACAUUGCUUCAAGCAUGAAUGAUGAAUGGGGAAAGACGCCUGGCGGAGAGUGAGGCGACGUGAGACGGGCGGGUGGGCUGGAAGACGCGGUUCAGCACUGCGAAACUGAUGCAAAAGAUACAUGUCUGAGCAAAUAAGCAGAUGGCUGGUGAUGCGGCAGCGUGACCGUCCUGUCUUGUCUAACCCGUUCGUCUAUAUGAUAUCCAAUGUACUUCAUGACUGCGUCUCGUGGCUGAUGCUUUCCAACCUAGGUGAUCAUGUAUACUGUACAAGAAGAGACAAUUAAAUGCGCUGGGACGCCCAACAUGCAAGUAUCAAGAUGCAAUAUGAGGCGGCCCC